UGCUGACGCAUACUUUGUAAUUCCAACACAAAGUACAGAAAGCUUUCAGAACUGGAACACCUACACACCGUCAAAAAGCAAAAAAACGAAGUUAUUUUUUCGGCUUAUUCCAAAGAAAACCGGUCGCAACUAUGGAACCAAAUAGCUCAACUCAUUUGCUGGAUUUGUGAAGAGCUUACACUGAGGCGGAGAUGAAGAGGGGUCCGUAAACAACUGCAAACAAUUUACAUCCUCAAGUGCCUCUGGAUAACAUCGCCCAAGAAAAGAGGAGAAGGGGUCAAGGGGCUGCAGCAACUUCUGUCAAUCUGUUUCGGCUGGUGUUUUCGGAGGAGCAGCCUAGAAUAAGAAAGGGCUGAUGUCCACAUUUCUCGAACGGUGUGACACAGACACAAGAGCCUCGGAUGCUGCCAUCGACUCUGAGCCACCUUCGGGGAGACACAGCACCAACGGAAUGAGGUCAAAACCAUGCCAGUGUCAAUGUGUAGGCUUCUGCCUGUCACUCCUCGGGUGGCUGUGCUCCUUGGCAGCCAUAGUGCUGCCUCAGUGGCUGACCAGGAACACCGACUUGUUACAGAGUGAGACAUUCUUCAUCGGCAUGUGGGAAACAUGCGUUGCCCAGGAUGAGGGUCCAGUCCAGUGCAAGGGGUACGACAGCCUGCUCGGCCUGCCAGAUGACAUUCAGCUCACUCGAAUUCUCAUGUGCGUGUCUGUGGCACUCGGCCUGUUAGGUUUGCUCUUCUCCCUGUCUGGAUUGGACUCCAUCGCCUGCUUCAGUGACCAGGAGGCUACCAAGGGGAGGUUAGCACUCAGCGGGGGUGUGUCCUUCCUGCUUGCUGGAGUUACAACCCUAGCCCCUGUGUCAUACCUGGCCCAUGUGACUGUGGUCAACUUCUGGGAUCCCGCCGUCCCUCAGUUUGUGCCACGGUGGGAGUUCGGUCCGGCCUUGUUUGUCGGUUGGCUGGGUGGCUUCCUUCUCUUUUUUGGAAGUCUCCUGUUAGUCACAUCCCAGUGCUGCUUCCGAAAAGUUAAAGGGAACAUCCAGCUGGAACCACGGACUGUGAAGAGAGCCUUGUGGCACAAAACAGAGUAUGUCUGAUUGUAAAGGGGAUACAAUGAACAAGAAGUCAAUUGCCUUAA